UGCCGGGGAGGCCUCGGGGGAGCGGAGUUCCGGAGCUGGGGCUUUGGCGGGGGAUCCCCACAGGUUCGGUGGGGGGUUCCGGGGCUGGGGGUCUGACGGGUCCCGGGGUCCCUGGGUGGGGUCUCACGCUGCUGUCCCCGCAGGAUGUGUGCAGGCUCGGCGCUGCGGCAGGAGCACCGGCAGGACUACGGGCAGGAAUUCCGGCAGGAGUUCCACCAGGAGUACCGCCGCUCUCUGGAGCGGGAGCUCGGCCCCGCCGGGACCUACCCCGGCCCCGCCGUGGCGGAGCGGCUGCGGCAGCGGCUGCAGCAGGAGCCGGAGCUGCUGGAGGCCCUGCAGGAGGACGCCCUUGCACUGCUGGCCCGGGGGCUGCGGGACCACCCCGACCCCGGGCUGGCGCUGCGAGACCUGGCCAGCGCCUUCCGGCUGCUGGAGCUGGCGGCCGUCAACCUCUACCUCUUCCCGUGGCGCCGGGAGUUCGGCACCAUCCCGACCUUCUCCGGCGCCUACGUGCACCUGCUGCGCCCGGCGCUCCCCGAAGCCGACCUGGUGCGGAGUUUGGGCCGACUGGGCUACGAGCGGCAGGACCGGCACCGCCUGGCCGUGGAACGGCUGCCCCCGGGGCCCGCGCUGAUCGCUGCUGCUGUCGGCUUCCUGGCCUGCCGCCUGGAGUGCGAGAUCCUGGCGGAGCUGGCACCACGGCUGCGGUGCCCCCGCGCCGAGGAGCUGCUGGAGGCGCGGCGUCGGGCCGGGGGUGCCGAGGGGCGCCUGGAGAUGCUGCAGGACCUGGGGACGCGGCCCAGGGCGGCUGCCGACUGCGGUGACGGCGUGGAUCUCUACCGGGAGAGUCCAGACAGCCCUGAGGACACAGGGAGCAAGGACACAGCCCCCCCAGCGCCGUGGAGGGACCCUCAGGAUGUGCUCACGAGGGGCUGGGGACGCUGCGACAGCACGCUUGCGCCAGAGCCCGUGGGCAGCGCCGAUCCGGACACCUCCUCUCGCCUCUUCCCGGAGCGGGAGCUGGGAGAGCCCCGGGGUUGCCCCCAGGCCACGCCAGAGCUGCCCUGCUACCAGCUGCACUCGUGCCUGCAGCGGGGCAUGCUGCCCUCGUACUGCUGCAGCACCUGCCGGCAGCUGCACGGCGGCGGCUGCGCCCUGGGGCGCGCCUGCCGCAGCCGGCACCGCGGCCAGGAGCUGCGCGGGGAGCGGCAGCAGCGCCUCUGGCUGCAGCGCACCGAGCUGGACAUGCUGCUGGCCAAGGGCCCUGUGCCCCGCUGCUGACACGGCUCUGCUGCCCCUGCGGAGGGCAGGGCACGGAUGCUGCUUGGCACAAGGACCCGGACUCGUCAGCCGUGCCAGGCCCGGCCCGGGCACUGCUGCUGUAAAUUAUUCAGUGCAUCAGUAAAGUGGCUGUCUCGGCGUGGGGUGUUCUGUCCUGGUGAGGGGGACAAGAGGCCUGGUGCAGGGGAUGCAGUGAGACCUGACAGCACAGCACCCUGUAGGAGCAGCUCCUGUUUCCCUGAGAGUGGGGGCCAGGAUCCACUUAAAGGGGGGCAGCAGCUGGAUUGUCAUGGAGGUAUCCUUGUCCCCAGGGUGACACAGAGGAAGGAGAGCAGAGUCACAGCUUGUCACAC